GCCCCUUUUUGGCCGCACUUGCACAUUUUUCAGUGACACUUCUGAACAUUCACACACCUCCAUGGACUAAAUUGUACAGAAGAUCCCAAAACAGCCACUACACUACACUACACGUGAGCGUGCUAUGCAUUCAUCAGACACGUAAUUUGUUCACUUUCAAUCCAAACAGUCUGUACCGAGACACACUGGGACGUACUUUUUUUUUUGGGAAAAUUGAUUGCAGAAUCUCCUGCUGCCAAAAACAGCAACUUCGGGUUGAUCGUAUUGGAUUAGAUGCAUGUCACUGAUUGCCUGCCUCUUGUAGGGUAAGGAAAGGAGAGGCGCACAUCCGAGAGAGGGGAUAUAACGGAAUAUAGCGAGUGAACAGACAAGAAACAGAAAGAAAAAAGUUGCAUUGCCUAGUGUCCACGCAUCGUCAUGCCGAGGUACAACUUCUUACUGUGCUUAAUGGUGCUCAUCUCCUUAGGACAGUCGGGGAGCGAUGAGCCCAAUCUGCUGCUGCCUUCUGCCAGCGAGACGCCCACGGAUGCCGGGCUGUCCCUGCUGGACGAGGACGCUGGUUCCCACGAGUGCUCCGCCUGUGUUUGGAGGGAGCAGAGCAAAGUGCUGAGACUGGAGACCAUCAAGUCCCAGAUCCUGAGCAAGCUGCGUCUGAAGCAAGCGCCCAACAUCAGCCGGGAGGUGGUCAAUCAGCUGCUGCCCAAGGCGCCUCCGCUCCAGCAGCUGCUGGACCAUCACGACUUCCAGGGAGACGCGUCGUCCCAGGAUGAGUUUAUGGAGGAGGAUGAGUACCACGCCACCACGGAGUCCGUGAUCACCAUGGCCUCUGAGCCGGAGCCCCUGGUGCAGGUGAACGGGAAGCCAAGCUGCUGCUUCUUCAAGUUCAGCCCCAAACUGAUGUUCACCAAGGUGCUGAAGGCCCAGCUGUGGGUGUACCUGCGGCCGCUGCAGCAGACCUCCACUGUCUAUCUGCAGAUCCUCCGGCUGAAGCCCGUCACGGAGCAGGGCAGCCGCCACAUCCGCAUCCGCUCCCUGAAGAUAGAGCUCAACUCCAGGGUCGGCCACUGGCAAAGUAUUGACUUUAAGCACGUGCUGCAGAACUGGUUCAAACAGCCCCACACCAACUGGGGAAUUGACAUCAACGCCUUUGAUGAGAGCGGCAAUGACCUGGCAGUUACUUCACUGCGACCCGGGGAGGAGGGGCUGGUAAGGACCCUCAGACCUGUCCAUCGGGCAGGAGGGGAAUCACUUUUCUUCAAGCUCACAUUUUUGCAAAUCUUAAUUCUUAUUUUAAUCUUAUAAAUUAAUUCUUAAUUCUUAUUUUAAGGAUGGCUGCCAAAUUCAUGCUAGAGAAAAAAGAUCCAAAGAAGAAUGUGGAUGCGUAUUGAUAACUAGACAAGACUAAAAUUGUAGAAUUCAUAGAGAAAAAGAAGGAUGGCAUUUAUGUCAUGCUGCAUGUCCUAGCCGUUUCUCUCCCUCCACAUCUUUGUUAAUCUAUCUAGUGAGGAUGCAAUACAGGCUACUAUACUGAUGUAUAAGUCAGUUAUCAGAUUUGAUGUUGCCCUACAAUAUUUGUCUUGCAUCCUUUAUGAUUGGUGUUGGUUUCAGAGCAGAUUUUAAAAAGUGAAAGUACACUGCUGUGUUUUGGAUUUAUAAAUAUUGUUUCAUACCUUCUAGGCAGCCAGUGUUUAUUUAAUUUAUAUAAUCAAAAUCAACUUCAGAGACUACAGGCUUGUGUCAAGUGACCAGAUUCUAAAAUCUGUGCUACUUCAUCACACACAGCCUGUAGAUUGUAGCAGAAAUCAUUUUCACAGUAAAGGUUUACAGUGAAAUGAAUGAAAACCAGUUCUAAUUGUCAGUGGAUGAGAUAUGAGCCCCACGAAAAGGACAGCGUCGCAUCAUGUAGCAUCAAUCUGCAUUACAAAUUCUAAAACAUAGCAAAUACUACGAUGAACUGUUGGCAUAAACAGUGAUAGGUAAUUCAGUGUGCACCAUAUUGACAUCAAAGUCCAAGUUUUGGGCCACAGCCAAAGCAGCUAGCAGCUACACUUCUGUGGAAGCACAAAUGGUUUUAAACAAACCUGCAGCCAACACGUUUUUGUAAAGCUGCAUUCAUUAACAGCGUAAAUCGUAAAGUCACACUGUUAAGAGAACAUGCAUUUGUUGUGUUAGUUAAAGACACUGAUUGUAAAUCUCCACACAGAAAGGAGUGAUUUGAAGCCUACAGGCAUGAAGCAGCAGGGAUCUGUUGAAGGCUGGACUCAAAAACCUUCAUUUCCGUUACUGCUAGGUACAUAUAUGCAAACGGUUUUGAAGGCUGUUUACAUGUAGGAACACAGGUAGAGCGUGUCAAAAUUGUAGAUGAUCCAUUUCAAUCCCAGCCAUAUCGUCAAAAGGUGGAUUUGAAAAAAAUGACUACAUAUAUCUUACUGGCAAGUCUAUUGAACCGCCAUGUAUUUGUAACCCUAAAUACCAUCGCCAUUGCACUCUAUUUGAACAUGUCAGUCAUGACCUCUCUAUAUUUAGUUCAGUCAUGAGAAAAAACAGCUGCUUGGUUUUGAUCAGCCUCCACCACUCACAUAUUCUUCACAUUUGCACUAUUUUCCAUUGUUCUUUCCAUAUGAGUUAAAAACUGAUAUUGCUCUUGCACAGACAAUUAUGUUAAAAGAUAAAGUAGAAAAGAUUGUACUUCUUGCAAAAUGGAAAUGGAUCAUAACUUGAUGUUCCUCUGAAUAUUUUCGACGUCCCUUUAAAGGUUUUCACUCAUCAUUUAGCCUCCUGUUGAAAGGAUGCUUUAUGUUUGUUUGUUUAGGUUUUUAUUUAAAUGUACUCGGUUAAUUCUAAUGUAUUGAAUAAGUUUGCAUGGAUGAAAUCAAACUUAAAGCAAAACCAUCUGUGAAUCAUUAAUCUAGUCAGAAAUCCCAGAGUUAUAGCGUACAUACAUACAUCUACGUUGAAUUAUGUAGGCCACUCAUCCAAGUUAAGCAACACCAAAUAUUUACCAAGUGAUCAUUUGCGUCAGAUCUUCACAACAGAUAUCAGAGGUCAGCUCUGGUGUCUUUGCCAAUAAAUCUCUGCCCUCUGAGCACACAGCAGUGUGCAAUAUUAUUCUUGAACCAAAAAAAAGGAAAAGAUGAAAAACACAGGCAAGCGUACCAAAAUAAAACAAUUCACAACAAGCAGAGAAAGAGUCAAACUCUGCUUCUCCCUGAUCCUCUGGGUCUUUUUCUCUACAACAAAAGCCCUAAAGGCCAAGCUGACAUGGUCUCACCCCAACGGCCUUUCAGCUUAUUUCCUCUUUUGAAUGCGUCACAAAAACUGUGCUCGAGCCCAGCUGGAAUCACUGUGGGGAGAGGAAGGCUUUGUAAAACAAACAUGAUGGAGUAAAAUAUUUGACCUGCUUGCUUUGCCCAAAGGUCAAGGUUAUGGUAGCCUGCAGAUGACCUGGCUGGGUCAUGGAUCAAACCAAGUAUACAGAGUCAGCCAUCGACGUUAGAAAAGGACAGUUUCUACUCAUAGCACAUUGUGUUCCUACGUUCAAAAUGACAAAUUAAUUCAUAUGUUUUUGUGAAAUAUCAGAUUAGUAGGUAUUUUAACCCUUUUUCUUUGUCACUUUUGGGUCCUUUCAGGUUGUCAAAGUGUCAAAGUUUUAGUUUGGAAACUGGUCAUUAGCUAACUGUUAGUAAUGCUAAGCUAAGCUAAAUGAGCGAGUACCUCUUUUUUUUUUUUAACCAAAGUCAUAAAAGGUGAAGUUUCCGGUAUAAAAAAUAACUAAAUUUAAAAACAUGGGGCUUAGACACCUACGAUGUAAACCUAAAAUGUACAAAUUGUUAAAAGUCCUUGAAUUCUCUUCACUGGAAACUACAAUUGAAAGACUAACCUCUAUGUUAACAUAAUGCAUUGGCAUUUACAUUAGUGAGGAAAUGCUUGCCAAACUUUGCAUUAUUAAUAGUUUUGCGAUUCUUUUCAAAGCCUAGAUGCUCAAAAAUGAGAGACAGGAGACAUUUUGACUUGUAAACAAAUGUUGUUAAUAACGGCUCAGUUUCAUCACGUGUCCCAGUAAACCUCAUCAGUGAGCACGACACCAUGACCCUGGUACCACCUCGCCUCAGUGUAUUACAAUUCUUUGUUGUCAUUUACACCUGCUGAUUUUCCUGCUAUGACGAGCCUCAAUGUCUCCUGUGAAAAGAGGUCUGUUCUGCUGUCAUGGUUAACAACCAGAUCAGAUUCUCACUUUACAAACCAGUGGUGCAGAUAACUAGAGGGCUUUUAAUGUUACCGUUUUCUAAAAUGUUACUAUAACUGACAAUCAACAGUUUAAGCUUAUUGGUUUGGUUUCUUUUACUCUCAGGAGUAGAAGAAUGUUUUGAAAACUGCUGCACUUGUGUAACUAGUUGAUUUUGAAUUAGCCUUUUUCACAGCAGACAUUUUGUCUGAAAAGCACAGGUGUUACUAACAACAUUACUGAUGACUUAUUUCUGUUCAAGUGUCCCAACAGUGUGACAGUGAGCCAACAUGCACAAUGAAACUGAAGCAGAUAAAUGGCAUUAAUUAAUUAAUUAAUUGUAUUAUUUACACCUGUGUUUUUACUGUGACAAUUCAAACUGACUUUUUGUGGGGAAAAAGGCUUAUUGGGCUGCUGUUGUAACUCUUUAUAGAGGAUCAUCAGUUUGUGUUUUGGUUUUGCUGAAAUAAUUAAUUUCGUACCUGAACUACAUUUAAGCCAGGAAUUAUUUCUAUUCAUAUUAAGAGGAAGAGCACUCCACAGCUCCUUGACAUGUUAAAAUAGGAAGAUUUAGUUGUUUAAUGUUGUUUAGUAACUAACACCUUUACUCAUUUACUCUUUAAAUAUGAACACAGAAAACACUGAAAUCACAGCAUUAGAAUACUGUAUGCUGAACACUUUCAUUCACUUUGUACAAGCAGUUUGAAUCUGUACUUUGACAUAUUUAGUGUACUGAGGUAUCAGAAGACCAUUGUAGCUUGUAGUCCAGUUUCUGUGAGUUUGUAGGAAACUGACACAUGGAUUGAACACAAAAUAAGUGCAGUUGUCAAUUGACUUUCUGUAUGUUUGUGUCUUUACUUGGAAAAAACAAAUUCAAUAUGCAGUCCU